UUUGAAUGCAGUGACUGUGAGAAAAGCUUCACUAGCAGCUCAGACCUUUCUAGACAUCAGAGAAUCCACACAGGGGACAGGCCCUAUGAAUGCACUGAGUGCGGGAAAACCUUCAAUCGCAGUUCGCACCUUAUUAGGCAUCAAACAAUCCACAGAGGAGAGAGGCCCUAUGAAUGCCAUGAGUGUGGGAAAAGCUUCAAUCGGAGCUCUGCCCUUAUCAGACAUCAGAGAAUCCACACGGGUGAGAAACCUUAUGAAUGCUCUGAGUGUGGGAAAUGCUUCAUCGAUAGUUCAGCCCUCAUCUCACAUCAGCGAAUCCACACAGGAGAAGCGCCCCACACAUGCUCUGAGUGCGGGAAAAGCUUCAGUCGGAGCUCAAACCUUAUCAAACAUAGGAAAAUCCACACAGGUGAGAAACCUUAUGGAUGCUCUGAGUGUGGGAAAUGCUUCAUCGAUAGUUCAGCCCUCAUCUCACAUCAGAGAAUCCACACAAGGGAGACGCCCUACACGUGCGCUGAGUGCGGGAAAAGCUUUAGUCAGAGUUCUGUCCUUAUCAGACAUCAGAGAAUCCACACAGGAGAGAAGCCCUACACAUGCCAUGAAUGUGGGAAAAGCUUCAGUCGGAGCUCUGCCCUUAUCAGACAUCAGACAAUGCACACAGGUGAGAAACCUUAUGAAUGCUCUGAGUGUGGGAAAUGCUUCAUCGAUAGUUCAGCCCUCAUCUCACAUCAGCGAAUCCACACAGGAGAAGCACCCCACACAUGCUCAGAGUGCGGGAAAAUCUUCAAUCGGCCCUCACACCUUAUUGUACAUCAGAGAAUCCACACAGGAGAAAGGCCCUACACAUGCUCUGAGUGUGGGAAAAGCUUUAAUCAGAGCUCACACCUUAACAAACAUAGGAAAAUCCACAUGGGUGAGAAAUCUUAUGGAUGCUCCGAAUGUGGGAAAAGCUUCAAUCAGCACUCAAGCCUCAUUAGACAUCAGAAAAUCCACAUG